AGUGGGCAAAUCUGAUCCGCAGAGUGUUGCGGUCAUUUCUCGCGCGGAGCUCAGACCGGAUCACAGGGCGUGGGCUCAGACGGAGCCCUGGCGGAUAGAUCAUUCAUUCUACAACUCUAGUAAAUUCACACUAAUAUAUCUGGAUACUUCAGAAAAAUGAAACGAGUAUCGGGAAAGUCCAGUGAUGAGACGCUUAUAGAAAUGGACCAGACUGCUGGGUCCAGCGGCGAGGAAAACAAUGGUUUCCACACCAGUUCUCUCAUGGAUAAGGAAUCUUUUCAACUUGAAAACGCUGUGGUGGAUAAACAGCUUCAGAGCAAGGACUCUGUGUACUUCAGAGAUGGCGUACGGCGGAUAGAUUUCGUUCUCUCAUACAUCGACGACAAGGAUGGAGAGAAAAAAACAGGAUCGGAGGAAAGAGUUUGAAGCUAAUUUACAGAAAGCAGGACUUGAGUUGGAGACCGAGGACAAAUCUGAGUCGGAAAAUGGGAGAACGUUCUUCCUGAAGAUCCACGUCCCAUGGGAAGUGCUGGCAACAUAUGCAGAGGUUCUGAAAAUCAAAGUGCCUUUUAAAGUCAAUGAUAUUCCUGAUAAUAAAGAGGUGCCCUGCGAUUGGCUCUUUACACCCAUCAAACUGCCAGAUGAUGUGAUGCACCCCGAGCCAGAUUACUUCACCUCAACAUUUGACAAGAGCAAGACUGACUUCUUCCUCAUCGAGGAUAAAGAAACCUUCUUCCCUCCAUCGACACGCAACAGGAUCGUUUAUUAUAUCCUCUCCAGAUGUCCAUACAGUAAAGAAGACAAGGACAAGAAGGGCAUUAAGAGACUGCUGAAUAACGGAACCUACACCGCGGCCUUCCCCCUGCAUGACUGCAGGUACUGGACCAGGUCUCGUGAUUUGAGCUGUGAGAGUGAGCGUUAUUCUCUGUACAAAUACUGGGCUCGCUUCAGUCGCUGUUAUAAAGAGCAGCCGCUCAACCUCAUACGGAAGUACUAUGGAGAGAAGAUCAGCAUCUACUUUGCAUGGCUGGGUUAUUAUACAGAGAUGCUGUUCUACGCUGCAAUUGUUGGUCUGUUCUGCUUCAUCUAUGGUUGGGCCACCUUUGAUGACAACAUCUGGAGUAAGGAGAUCUGUAAUGAGACCAUCGGUGGGCAGAUCGUCAUGUGUCCUCUCUGUGACAAGAAAUGUGGCUACUGGAAACUCAACUCAACCUGUAGCUCCUCAUGGCAAUCGUAUCUGUUUGACAACACAGCUACGGUGUUCUUUGCGAUAUUCAUGGGAAUAUGGGUGACUCUGUUCCUGGAGUUCUGGAAACGUCGUCAGGCGCGGCUGGAGUAUGAAUGGGAUCUAGUGGACUUUGAGGAAGAACAGCAGCAGCUGCAGCUCAGACCAGAGUAUGAGACCAAGUGCACGAGCCGACGCCUCAACCACGUCACGCAAGAGAUGGAGCCUUACUUACCCCCAACUAGCAAGUGUGCUCGCUCAUUAAUGUCUGGGGCCACAGUACUCUUCUGGAUAUCACUGAUUAUCGCCAGUAUAAUCGGAGUGAUAGCCUAUCGCUUGGCAGUGUUCGCGGCAUUUGCAAGCAUCAUGAAGGAUAGUCCCACCAGUAAACUGGAUGUGGUGGGAUCACUGAUCACUCCUCAGUUUGCCACAUCUGUAACUGCUUCCUGUAUUAACUUUGUCAUUAUAAUGAUUCUGAACUACCUGUAUGAGCGUGUGGCCAUCUGGAUCACUGAUAUAGAGGUUCCAAAAACUCAUUUGGAGUAUGAGAACAAGCUCACGGUGAAGAUGUUCCUCUUCCAGUUUGUCAACUACUAUUCCUCCUGCUUCUACGUCGCCUUCUUCAAAGGCAAAUUUGUGGGUUACCCAGGAAACUAUGGAUACAUGUUCGGCAAAUGGAGCGGACUGAGAAAUGAAGAGUGUGAGCCGGGUGGUUGUCUGAUCGAGUUAACCACUCAGUUAGUGAUCGUGAUGGUCGGUAAACAAGUGUGGGGGAACAUACAGGAAGCUCUAGUACCCUGGUUACGUAACUGGUGGGUGAGCCGGAGUGCUAGGAAUCAUCCAGAGAGUCUGUACAGCCGCUGGGAACAGGAUCACGACCUGCAGGACUUCAGUCAGCUUGGCCUCUUCUAUGAGUAUCUGGAGAUGGUGGUUCAAUUUGGCUUCAUCACUCUGUUUGUGGCCUCUUUUCCUUUGGCUCCUCUACUGGCUCUGUUCAAUAACAUUGUUGAAGUUCGAGUGGAUGCCUGGAAGUUUACAACUCAGUUCCGCCGUCCGGUGGCAUCUAAAGCUCACAGCAUCGGUGCAUGGGAGGAGAUCCUGAACAUGAUCGCUGUUCUCUCAGUAGUCACCAAUGCUUUUAUAGUGUCAUUCACAUCAGACAUGAUCCCUCGGCUGGUGUAUAUGUACGCGUAUCACCCCGGUACAGAGUUCACUAUGCAAGGAUACAUCAACAACAGCCUGUCUGUCUUCAACAUCUCUGAGAUCCCGCCAGAAAACCGCCCGGAGGACGAUGAGAACCCGGACUGGUUCGACAACACCACAAUGACCACCUGCAGGUACCGUGACUACCGCAACCCUUCCGGACAUGAGAAACCGUACAGCUAUACGAUGCAGUUCUGGCACAUUCUCGCUGCCAAAAUGAUGUUUAUCAUCAUCAUGGAGCAUGUGGUGUUUGUGGUGAAGUUCUUUGUGGCAUGGUUGAUUCCAGACGUGCCGUCAGAUGUGAAAGCGCGUGUAAAGCGCGAGCGUUACCUGAUCCAGGAAUACCUGCGUGACUAUGAGCUGGAGAAACUCAAGAUCCAGCUGAGUCAGAACGGCCAGAACAGUGAACAAAUAAACAACUGCACGUGUCCGACCACAGCCGCCUCACCUAUGAAAAUCGAAGUAUUAUCAGACUGUUUGUCCUAAAACAAGUCCAGUCUGGUCUCACUGAACCACUACAUCAUCACGUGAAAGCCAAUUAGAAGUUCUCACUCAGCCCAUGACACAAACCACUUGCAAUUCACCAGUUCUUGCUCUUUUAAGACAAAAUCAUCUGUCUUUGGUUUCGGAAUGCACCUGGUCUUCAAUGUCUCAUAGGUGAUGUAGGAUGAUUUCUUCAUGCCACAUCCAUUGUUUGGGCUCAGUGGUUUUACACCAUGUUUCCCUUUCAUGAUGAGUUUAAUCCUUAAAAAAGUCACUCUCAGAUUUUGUCUUUGUGAAUCUUAUGAAACACGUCCUGGUCAUAUUUCACCCCAAAUCAAAAGAAACAUAUUGUAUUUUGCAUAAAGACAAUGAAGCUUAUUUUUGGGACCACUAAGAUGUUUUGUUAUAUUGCCCAAAAACUUUAUUACCAUAAUGCAAAACAAUGUAAUUCUCAUGACUGUAAUUCAUCUGGAUGUUUUGACUUUUUUUUUUUUUUGGUGAUUCUCACAAUCCUCAGUGUUGAUUCUCAUUAAAUUCAGACUUACUGUAAUUCAGUGUUUCAUGACUAUAUUACAGUAAAAAAAUACUGUAAUACAAUGAUAUUUUGUAAUCAAUGUAUUGAUUGAUCAUUGUAUUAAACAGCAUAAAUUAAAAUCAGUACAACAAAUUCUGCCUUACAGUAUAAAAUUUUUUUUUUGUCAUUACAGUAAUGAGAAAGACAUUUUUUGCAUUAUGAGAAUUUUUGCUGAAAAUACUUUUCUUUAGGAUUGUUUUGCAUUGCGACAUUAUAUUCGCAAUAAUUAAGCAAGUUAUUUAAAAUAAAAAUCUUGAUACUGCAAUGCAAUAUAUAUAUAUAUAUAUAUAUAUAUAUAUAUAUAUAUAUACUGUAUAUAUAUAUUAGAUAACUUAAUUAUCAUGAAAAUAAUGUUGCAAUGUAAAAAAAAAUGUAAGAAAAGUAUUGCUUUUUUCAGGUUUAUUGAGAUUUUUUGCACUGUGACAUUAUAUUCAUGAAAAUUGUAAUAAUAUAAUUAAGCAAGUUAUCUUUAAAAAAAAAAUCUCAAUACUGCAAUGCAAAAAAAAAAAAAAAAAAAGAAGAAGAAGAAGAAUCUUAAAGAAUAAAUCUAUUUUCAGGACCAUAUGUAAAACAAAAAAUACAAAAAAAUAUAAAUACACAUCCUGUCCCCCCCAAAAAAUCGCUUACUCUGAUAUUUCGUUGGACCACCUUUAGCUUUGAUUACGGUGCGCAUUCGUCGUGGCAUUGUUUCGACAACCUUAUGCAACAUCACAACAUUUAUUUCCAUCCAGAGUUGCAUAAAGUUUCGGCCGAGAUCUUGUAUUGAUGAUGAGAGAGUCGAACCACUCCGUAAAGUCUUCUCCAGCACAUCCCAAAGACUUUCAAUGGGGUUAAGGUCAGGACACUGUGGUGGCCAAUUCAUGUGUGAAAAUGAUUCCUCAUGCUCCCUGAACCACUCUUUCACAAAUUGAGCCCCAUGAAUCUUGACAUUGUCAUCCUGGAAUAUGCCCGUGCCGUCAGGGGAAAAAAAAUCCAUUGAUGAGAUAACCUGGUCAUUCAGUACAUUCAUGUAGUCAGCUGACUUCAUUUUAUUGCUGAGCCUAGACCUGACCAACUGAAUCAACUCCAGAUCAUAACACUCCCUCCAGAGGCUUGUACAGUGGGCACUAUGCAUGAUGGGUGCAUCGCUUCAUGCGCUUCCCUUCUUACCCUGAUGCACCCAUCACUUUGAAAUUGGGUAAAUCUGGACUCAUCAGACCACAUGACCUUUUUCCAUUGCUCCACAGUCCAAUCUUCACGAUCCCUAGCAAAGUGAAGUAGUGUUUUUGUCUGAUUAGCCUCACUAACAAGUGGCUCUCUUGCGACCACACAGCUGUUUAGUCCCAAUCCUUUAAGUUCUCCUCACAUUGUGUGUGUGGAAAUGCUCUUUCACUAUUAAACAGCCGUGAGUUCUACUGUUGAUUUUAUGAUGUGACUUCACCAAGCAUUUUAGCUAUCUCCGAUCACGAUCACAUUUCUUCCAUGAAGCUGAUGGUUCACCACUAUCCUUCCAGGUUUUAAUAAUGCAUUGGACAGUUUUUAAACCAAUUCCAGUGAUUUCAGCAAUCUCCUUAGUUUACUUUGCUUGAUGUAGGCCAAUAAUUUGCCCCUUCUGAAACACAGUAACAUCUUUUCCACGACCACGGGAUACGUCUUCCGACAUGGUGAUUUAAGAAAUGAGAAGUUACACACUGCAUCAGUUAGGAUUAAAAGAAUUGUUGCCAGCUGAAACAUAUUAAUCACUGCAAUAAUGAUCCAAUCAUAGGCUCUUAAAGGUGCAGUAUGUAAGAUUCAGAAACCCUUGUAAUUAAUGACACCUGUGGCCGUUAAGUGAACUGCAGCCUGUUGCUCGUGAUCGCGCGCACACACUCAAUAGGGACGCAAGCGAGCAUGACCAAAACAAAGAGACUGAAUGUGAUUCACUGGCAUCAUGAUGACAGAUAAGGUAGCAUAAUUAAAAUGGCACAGUUAUGAUUGUUUUACUACAAACUUUGAGACUGUAUAUUAUGUUUGACUCUCCAGUGCUGGAACAGGGCUAAAACGAAGUGUGGAUAUAGGUCUGACUAUGCGAGACUGUAGUUUGAAGUAAUCACUUUUCUUUGCAUGAUACAUUGACUACAUUUAUACGAUAGCCUAUGUCGCGUUAGCUAGCUAGCCAGCUUUAUCAAUAGCUGUUAGCUAAAUUUGGUGGAUGAUAUUAUAAAAUAGACUGUACAUUAUAAAUAUGUUGACACAAUUCAGUAUUGAUGUGAUUCCAUCACAACUGUCAUUUUGAUAUAUCGAUGCGCUAUUGUUUUACAAUAAUAGAAUGUAAAUAUUUUCUGUAUAACCAAGUUACGUUACACUAAUGAAUGGAGCUUUUUGCAUUAUCUUGAACAUUGUCUAGCAUUCAUUUAAUAUGUUAUCGCAGUUUACUUGCUGAAUAAUUACAGAUUAACAUUGACAUAUGUCAGUUACUGUGAUUCAGCAUACCUGACUUUUAGUAUAAAGAGAAGAUCGUUGAAAUUAUUUGAAAGUUACGAAGCAAGGUAGCUUGCAGUUCGUCAGCAUUAGCAGGCAAGAUCAAGUUAGCUAAAAUUACACAGAGCAAUACUUAUGGCACUAUAUUUCACAUGCUUUGCAGUUAUGUAAUCUUACCUGUCCAAUAAGAAGAAUGCGAAUUCUUCAGGGUCGGUUUUGAUCCCCAAAACCGGUUUUGAUCCCCAAAACUGAACGAAGGUCCCUCCAGGAAUCAAAUGUCCUGCCGGUGUUCACUCUAGUUUUCGCUCGACCACGAUCACAUUCCCGCUUAGCCAGACGGGAUUCAGUAAAUGUUUUUUUUUGUUUUUUUUGAGUUUGUGUAGGAGUCGGUGUUGUGUUUGGAGCCGGCCGUUUGCUGGAUUCCAUCUCUAAGAUAACGUUACCUAGUUUUGCAGACUGUCUGUUGACACUGUUAAAUAAGGAAGCACUGAGGCAAGGCUCUCGGGAGCGCGCAAAACAUCACAUCCUUUGGAUUAUCCUGGCAAAAGCGACCCGCUCCCUUCGCAUGAAAAUCAGUCUACAGGCUUUAAUAGGCAACCUAAGAGGUCCGGGAAGGGCUCAUUUUUUAAGUUGCAUUACAAGCCGUUCACACAUUGGCAAGAAAAAUGCUAAUAUUACAUUAAAAAUGUUACAUAUUGCACCGUUAAGUAUCUGCUUAUUUAAAUCCACACAGCGACUUUUUUUCUUUGGCCAGGCAGUGUACUUCACCAUUUUAAUAAUACAUUGUUUUUCAUUACAGUAAUGAGAAUGAGAUUUUUUUGCAUUGCUGUACUGAGAAUUUGUGAUGAAAAUAUGCUUAAACAAUGCAAAAAAUAUUAAUGGACUUGAAAAAAGCUAUACUUUUUUUUAAGAUUUUGUAUAUUGCAACAUCAUUUUCAUGAUAAUUCAGCAUAUUUUCAUCAAAAAUUUAUACAGAAAAUAGGUGUUCUUUCAUUUAUGUAAAAUAUGUAUAUUUUUUGUUUAUUUCUCUUCAUUUGGAAGUGAAAUGUUCUUGACAGAUGUUGUGACAGUUAUCUGUUUUUCAGACUUCUCAUUUUCAGUCAUGUGACCUCCUAGUGUAAGCUCUCGUACAGGGGACGCCUCAGAGAAAUAUGCAGUUUAAAUCCUCUUUAAAUGUAUUUAUGUGCAGUAGACAAAUCUAAAGCCACACAAGUUGAGCAGUAUCUCAUUUCCUGUCUAUGUAGAACAACACUUUCUUCUGUCAAAAAUACAAACAAGUCUUCUCACUCUCUCUUCUCCUCUGAUGUCCAUAUUAAUGUUCUCUGCUGAUGUUUCCAAUGUCUCCUGUAAGACACUAUAGACAGUACAGGCUGUUCACAUUCUCUGAAAAACACUGUCAGGGUCAGACAGCUAAAGGUUGUCUCAUGAAAACAUUUGCGGGUCACCCACAAUUUCAUCAAGAAUAAGAAAUUAUAUUUUACACACACUAAGCCUUUUUUAAGGACAUUUAAAAAAAAUGUAAUAGUGACAUAACUUCAAUGACAAUUAAGCACAUUUUCCCCCAAACUGGAUAUAUAUAUAUAUAUUAUUAUUAUUUUUUUUGUUUUACUUUUGUUUGUUUCUGAUUCUCAUUGUUCAGCAUUGGAGAUUUUCAUUAGAUUCUGUUAUUGACACUUUAGUAUGAACUGUAUUACAUUACAAUAUUUUGGUAACACUUUACAAUAAGGUUUCAUUUGUUAAUAUUAGUAAACAACAUUAGAUGACAUGAACUAACAAUGAACAAAACUUUUACAGCAUAACUCCAAAGGGGGGCGCUAUAUCACGAGAAAAGUUUAUGCUUAAAACUUUAGUCUCCAUAUACAUAAAUCGGGCAAUGAGGGAUCAUCUGAAAGCUUACAAUCUGAGCUUUUCAGGGAUAACCAUCACUUCUGCAUUUAUGUUACUUAAAAUAACAUUUGCGUUGAAAAUUAGCACCCCCCAGAGGUAAUGGGGUGGAAAUAUUUAUAUAUAAAUGUUCUUCACAUAGCACAUAAAUGGAGAAGUCAUGUAUCAAAUGAAAGCUCUUUAUUCUUAGGAAUGUGAUUGUACAGUUAAUUUUGUUGCCCUAAUUCCAAUGUUAUAUCUUAUAUGUCCAGAACAACAUAUGCCAUCCAGAUGGAAAAGCAUGCAAAACAAUUCAUCAACAAAUAUGUUUUCGGCUUUGUUUAUAUCAUCACAAAGGGGAGGAUCUCAGCUUUCUAAUGACACCUAGAUUGAGCUUCUAGUCCACUCACAGGCCGAGAUAUUCAAUGAAACAAUGAGGGUGGUGGCUGAACUGAAAAUUAGACUGAAUGUCUAUGGACGAGCACAUCUGUGAGGGCUAAAAUGCAUUAGAGCGCCACCUACUUUUCAGACAUGUAAAUUGUGAUGGAAUGUGAUAGAGCUUUCUGCCACCUAGUGGAAUAAAAUGAGACUUUUCAAAGUGAGGUAGAGUGAACAGAACCAAAAUUACAUGUUUACAAAGUUUAGACAACAAUUUUUUUAUUUUAUUUCAGUGGAUCAUAAGAUUAUAAACACAUACAAUAUUAUAUAUGAAUAAUUGGAGUCUAUGUUUUUAGUUUGCCGGUUCUCUGAAAAAUGAGACCAAUUUUUUUGCAAUUAGACCACAGUAUGUGUGAAUGGUGAGCUUUUAAAUUUGAGUGUGAAAAAAUUGCGGGCAGCAGCCCCAAAAUACACCAGAGAUUAAGGGGCUAAUCUUGGUUAAUGUUAAUUCCAACAUAUAAUAAUACAUUUUUAAAAUCAAAAGUUGCAUAUGUCAACAUUAGUUAAUGCACUAUGAACUAAAAAUGAACAAUUGAAUUUUUAUUAACCAACAUUAACAAAGAUUAAUACAUGCUGUAAAAAUGUAUUGUUCAUUGUUAGUUCAUGAUACCUAAUGCAUUAACUAAUGUUAACAAAUGGAAAAUUAUUGUAACGUGUUACCAAGGUUUUUUCAUUAAAAAUAAAGGCAGUGCAACAAAAGCCACCAUGGUGUUGAAAUAAUAUAUCUUUUUUUUUUCUGCAUUACAGUAAUGUGAACUGGAGAUGAAUGUGCUUAAUUGAGGAAAAAAAAUGGCUUCAUUUUCUUUAUGCAAAAGACAAUUACAGAUUAACUUAAUCAGAAAAUGAACAGAAAAGUUUCGGUCUCACUUCAACAGCAUCUGAAUAUAAGUGUUCAAAAUCUAUUAAAACUGUUCUGUUCAAAAUGCCUUUAAGCAACCAAAGAUUAAAUGCCUUAACAUCAAAGUCAUCUGCAUAUCUGUUUAACAUGGUUUAAAAUAGUUUAAGAAUGAGACAUUAAUAUUCAGCUAGAGUUAAGAUCAAAAAACUUCUGUACAAAGAAAUAUAUAACAUAUAGAUGACGUAUUCAGGUACAUCUGUUUUAUUUUAAUGACGUUUCUCACAUUUAAACAUAUUUAAAAGAAUGUAAGACAAGAUCUGGCACUGAAAUUACUUACAGUAUUUCAUUGCUUGAUGCAUCACCCAUACAGAUUUUUAGAGCAUACAUCUUAUUAUAUAUAUAUAUAUAUAUAUAUAUAUAUAUAUAUAUAUAUAUAUAUAUAUAAAUAAAAAUAAAAAUGAUCUGCUGGAAAUUUUAUGCAAAAUAAGUGUCUAUGCCAAAUGAGUAGAUACAUAAAUACAUGCACACUACACUUCAGAUAACUAUUUGUGAAGCCGUUAUCACUCUGUGUUUAUAGUUUAAAGCAAUCUGCACUUUAAACCUUUAAAAUGAUCGGAAGGAAACAUAAUCUUCUUAUAGCCAAAGUUCUUCCUGUGAUAUGAAUAGCAAAGUGAGAAAUUGAGCUAAUAUAUUUUCAAUGUGCCUUUGUCUAAAUAUGCAGUUCAGGAUGAGUGUUCAUUUAUACUUCCUUUUCAAUUAAUUUGUUGUGUUGUCUUGAUCAGAGAAGGACAAAGUCACUGUGACUUUGAUUUUAUGUUUUGCACAAAGCAAUUAUUGAAGGAGUUAUUUGCAUCCUUACAAUCUCAGUGUUAUGGAAAUAAGAUGUGUGCCGUUAAUCCACGAUAUUUGGAAAUGUUGUGUAUAUGCUGAAUGCAUAGCUUGUAUGCCAACUUGAUCAUGCUGAUGCCUUUUGGCAUGAAAAAUUCAUUUAUAACUUAAGAACCAGUUAGGAUUAUUUUGACACAUAUGCUAAUGAUGAAGGAAAACCUGAGCGUAUGUAUUGUGCUGUUAUUUGAGAUUUUAAGUUGGAAAUCAUUUUUUCUGUAAAUGGUUGUUAUUUUUUCUGUCUGGUUCUAAUGUGUAGAAAGUAAAUCACUGUUUCAUCAUUUAAAUAACUGUUUGUGAAAAUGCAUGCUGUCGGAAUAUUUCACUAAUAUGUAGCUGACAAUCUGCAGGUGAACAAACCAUCGGUCUAAAUUUCAGUUAGAUUUGAAGGUUUACAAUUGUUUUCUAUCCUAAAGAUGCCUUAUCUAUUUACAGUAUGCCUUUAUUUCUUUUUUUAAUCACUUUAUAAUUAGACUUGUUAGGAUUUGUUUUCUUUUUUUCUUUAUGAUUAUAGUUCUUAGUUGAUUUCAUGGCUUUUCAUCUGGAUUUUGACUUGAUUAGCAUGUUUAUCUUGGAUGCAGGGGAGUUAGAUCCCCCCCAAAUAAUCAAAACAAGCAAGUACAACCUUCCCAUUAUUUAUAUAUAUCAUGAUCAAUGGAAACAUGUAAAUGCUUCACACUGCAACCCCCUCCCAAUAUUCAAGCCAAAUCUACGCCCUUGCUUGGAUGUGCAUAUGAAUUUGUGUUUUCUGCAUUGCUCAUGUACCAGAAAUUUUUCAUACUAUAAGUAACCCAAUGUCAUUGGUUAAUAAACUAUUAAAUACA